AAUGUCUGGUUUUAUGAGAUUAACAAAAAUUCAUAGAUUAAUGCAAAAGUCAGAAGAGAAUAUGAAAAAUUUAAAGUCUUUAUAUGCACCUCAAUUUUAUAGAGGGUAUGAUGAUGAUUUAACUGUGAUUGGUAGAAUGAAGUAUUUUCAAUGAUCUUAUUACUUUAGUUGGUUAAAGAUUAAACAACCAAAAAUGUAUCCUACUUCUAAAGAGGAAGAAACUUUCUAAGCUAGAAAUAUAUAAAGAUUCCCUGAACUUAGAGAUAAUAUGUCAAAUGAAAUAGAUCAAGUGCUUGAAUACAUGAAAUUAAAGAAUAAUGAUAAAUUAUCAAAAACAUUAAAGAAUGUUAAAGGAAAUAAUGUUGAUGAGAAGAUAUUUAGAGCAAUGGAAUAUGACAUAAAUUCAUUUAAGUAAUUAGAGGAAAAGUGAU